AUAAGGUUUAUUGUUCACAGUAGACUAAAUUAAUUUUGCAAAAAAAAUAAAAGAAACCCUCUUUGAAUUCAGCACCUGUAUACAUUAUACUGUAUACAAAACAAAUAUGAGAAGCACAUUACAGUGUAAUCCACAAAAACACCUCAAGUGCUUCCAGUAUCUACAAUCAUUCAGCCACAGCAUCAUGUCUACGUGCUGGGUCAGGCCACAGGACUUCAUCCACAUCACAGGCCAUAUUUGCCCUGGCCAAGCAACGGGGGUAAAACCCCUGGCGGCCAGAUCCAGGCUUAUACUGAUUUCCUCACAUCAUUAGCCACUAGUGUGAUCAGAUUUAAGUGGUUGUGUUUAAGCUGUGACACCUGUGCUUCAAAUUUGUUUAACUUUUUCUACCUGUGCUUAUCAUUAUGCAACACAAGUGCAUCACAGUGUAACAUGUGUUUUAGUGAGUGAGAAUGUGUUUGAAGUUGUGUCUAACAGGUGAAAAGUGCUUAUGGUUUGGCCAAAAGAGUGACUGAUUCAAUACAUUGGUUCAGGCCGAUAAGAAUUUUGUUCAGACAAUAGGGUUUAGUGUUUUAGCAAUUGAGAAAUACUGUAAUGUUGGAUCAGUUCUGUGUUUUUAACCUUAGACUGUAUAUGAAGCAGCAUUAGUUUUUACCCGGGUCACAUUAAACUGUGACUGUCAUCAGAGGAUCACUCAGUUUGUUUUAUUUACUCAAAGUUUCUGUAACGACCUCAUUAAAUAAUCCACUCCUCACUGUAAUGCAAACAUCUUUACACGCAUCAUAACACACACACACACACACACACACACACACACACACACACACACACACACACACACACACUCACACAUGCUGAGAGCAGUUCCAGCAGAGUGACUCAACCUGCUGUCAGUCAGGACGAGACGUGGGCAGGGCUGCAGGGGAGAACAUGAGAAUAGUAAACUAUGAAGGAGGAAGAACGAGGGAGAAUGCUUCAGAGUUUCACACUGCUGCAGGAGGUACGACACACACAGAGGGAGAGAGAGAGAGAGAGAGAGAGAGAGGACGAGUAUCACAGGGCUCCAGGUGGAACUACACAGGGAGAGACGUGGACAGACAGAGAAAGAGAGAGAGAAAGGAAUAGAGAGAGAAAGAGAGGGAGAGACAGACAGAGAGAGUAUGGCCGGGGAUGCUCUCGUCCUCUGUCUGCACGCCUCUCUCCUCCUUCUCGUCCUGGAGAUUGGAUGUGUUUCUGCAGACGGCAUCGAGGUGGAGAGAGCGACAGCUUCGGGAGAUUUCAUCAUCGGAGGGAUCUUUCCUCUUCAUGAAGAUGUUGAUAAGGAGAACAUCUCCUUUGAGCCUCACCUGAAGCCCUGUAUCAGGUUUGAGGGGAGGCGUCUGGUGAAGAUUCUGGGAAUGAUCAACGCCAUAGAGACAGUGAAUCGCUCGCCCCUGCUGUCGGAUCUAAACGUGACUCUGGGCUAUCACAUUCUGGACUCGUGCUCAGACGUGGGCACGGCUCUGAGAGCCACAGCAGAGUUCAUGCAGCAGAGCGACUGCUCCACCUCCACCUGCGCUCAGCCCGUCAUGGCUGUGAUCGGAGCGUCUCAUUCUGAGACAUCCAUCGCCAUGGCCCGGCAGCUGACCCUGAAGAUGAUUCCUCAGAUCAGUUAUUCAUCCACCGCUGUCAUCCUGAGUGAUAAGGCCCGCUUCCCGGCCUUCAUGAGGACCAUCCCCAAUGACGAGCAUCAGACCGCCGCCAUGACAAGCCUGCUCAGCAGCUUUGGCUGGAGCUGGGUGGGAAUCGUGACCACGGACGGAAACUACGGCCAGUCGGCUCUGGACCACUUCGUUUCUCAGGCGUCUCUGAAGGGGAUCUGUGUGGCCUUCAAAUCCGUCUUACCUCAGUCUGUCACCAGUCCAGACAACUCCCUUGCAAUCAGGGACACCGUUGAAACCAUCAUCAAGAACCCCAAGGUGCAGGUGAUUGUGUCCUUCGUCAAGCCCACGCACAUGAUGGACCUCUUCCUGGAGCUGCGGGACCAGACGCUGAGAGCCGGACAGAGCAUGGAGUCCAUGAAGAGAGUGUGGGUGGCCAGUGACAGCUGGUCCACCUCCGGAUCUCUGAAAGGGAACCUGACUCUGGACGACAUCGGACCUGUUGUGGGCUUCACCUUUAAAAGUGGAGACCUGUCCUCAUUCAACGAGUACCUGAGCCAGCUGGAGGCAGCCGGACCUGAGUCUACGAGGAACAACUCCUUCAUUCAUGAGUUCUACGUUCACCUGAACUCCAGCAGACACUCAGGAGACCCUGAGCUAGUCUCCAGAGCUGUGUCUAAACUCAGAGAGCAUGCCUACGCCGACGCCAUCUUCAACGUGGAGAUGGCUGUGAGUGCCAUCGCUCAGGCCGUGGCCUCCAUCUGCAGGGAAAGAGACUGCAAGACCCCGAGAGCCGUGCAGCCCUGGGAGGUGCUGAGAGCUCUGCGGAUGGAGGAGUUUAAACUUCGAGGACAAAGCUACAAGUUUGACGGCAGAGGAGACAUGAACUUGGGAUACGAUGUGUGCAUGUGGAGGUCUCAGAGAGGACACGAUGUGGUGGCCGAGUAUCAUCCUCACAACAACAGCUUCACCGUCACCAACAGCAUCACCACCCAAGAUCUGCACCUCCUCAGGCUCGUCGUCUCUCGAUGCUCAAACAGCUGCGUCCCCGGAGAGUUCAAGAAGACAGCUGAAGGUCAACACACCUGCUGCUACGAAUGCAUCAACUGUACCGAGAACUACUACUCCAACAACACAGAUAUGGACCAGUGUCUGAGCUGUGACGUGGACACUGAGUGGUCUCCUCAGGGCAGCUCCGGCUGUAACCUCAAAGUCCUGCUCUUCUUCUCAUGGCAGGACGGCUUUGCCAUCGUCCUCCUGGCGUUCUCAGUGCUUGGUAUCAUCCUGGCUCUGCUGGUCUCGGCACUGUUCCUGCAUCAGCGGGACACACCUGUGGUGAAGGCCGCGGGGGGGCCGCUGAGCCAGGCCAUCCUGUUCUCUCUGGUGGUCAGUUACGUCAGCGCCAUGCUGUUCGUGGGCCGGCCCAACAGGCUCCAGUGCAAGGCUCGACAGGUGCUGUUCGGCAUCAGCUUCACUCUGUGCGUGUCCUGCAUCCUGGUGAAGACCCUGCAGAUCCUGCUGGCCUUCCAGUUCAACCCCGGGCUGCAGCGCGCCCUGAGGAGGCUCUACCAGCCCUACGUGGUCGUCAGCAUCUGUGUGGCAUUACAGGCGGCCACCUGCAUCUGCUGGCUGGUUCUGAAAAGUCCAUUUAGCACCACCAUCAAACUUCCCACCGAGCUGCUGGAAGACUGUGAUGAGGGCUCGAACCUGGCCUUUGGGGUGAUGCUGGGCUACAUCGCCGUCUUGGCUUUUGUGUGUUUCAUCUGCGCCUUCAAAGGACGUAAGCUGCCGCAGCACUACAACGAAGCAAAGUUCAUCACCUUCAGCAUGCUCCUCUACCUCAUCUCCUGGAUGCUCUUUGUUCCCGUCUACGUCACCACCACAGGAGUCUACCUGCCCGCCGUGGAGAUGGUGGUCAUCCUCAUCUCCAACUAUGGCAUCCUAAGCUGUCACUUCUUCCCAAAGUGCUACGUCAUACUUUUCAAAAAAGAGCAGAACACCAAGAGCGCGUUUAGGAAGAACCUGUACGAGUUCUCCAGCAGAAGCAGAGACACGGACUCAGGGGUCUACAUGUCAGAGAAACAGUCGAGUAAUUUCGUCUCCAUCAUCAGCGUCUCAUCUCUCUACUCGCCCUCAGCUCUGAACCCUGCUGAGGAGAGAGACUGCAGAGAGGAGACCUGCUGCUCUGGUUUACACAGACGAUCAACCAGCAGGCACUGCCUCAGACGGAGCACCAGCAUCUAACCCGACCUGUUCUACUGAUCCUUAAUGUGCAAUUUAUUUUUAUAAUAAAUAUUAUAUUUGAUAGCA